UAAUAUUCCAGACACCAGAGCACCCCGACAACUCCGAUCCAUGCGUGUUGUUCAGACAUAACCCCAUGGAAUGCGUGAAUGACGAAGGUCUGGCACACAGCGGCGGCGCGGGCGGCGAGGUCGGUAUCCUGGUCUCGGCGGAGGGUGACUGGAGCCGUUGCUCGGUCACCUGCGGCCGUGGGUCCACGUUUCAGGAGGUGAAGUCGUGUCGAAGGCUUGACCAUAUUGAAUUAUACUGCAAUACCACCAAGAAAUAUCGUAUCUGUUUCUUAAGACCGUGUGGCACCUGGAGCGAAUGGGAGCCAUGGGAACCGUGCAGUGCCACGUGCGGUGGAGGAACGACUUUUCGUGUCCGGAAAUGCGUGGGCGGCAACGACUGCUUCGGUCCGUCUAGACAGCAGAUGCCGUGUAACACUCAUGAAUGCCCUUACUUUGGUGAGUGGUCGGAAUGGUCAGAAUGUGACGCCAAAUGUGGCGGAGGAAGACAAACAAGGACCCGGAUGUGCCUACCAGCUGGAAGCGUGUGUAUCGGAAGAACCACUGAGAUACGCUCGUGUAACAAUUUCCCAUGUCAGUAUUGGACAGAAUGGAUAGACACAGACGAUCCGUCCAAGGACGGGGAUUGGGAGGUGGACGAGACGCCGUGCGAUCACUCCGGGAUCGUGUCUGAGCCUCUCAAAGCAGAGUGCCGUCUGGUUAAGACAAAACACCCCUGGGACUCCAGCGGCCUGAAGUUCUACAUACCGUGCUCCACCUUCGGCAUUGUCUGCAGGAACGUGGAAAACGACCCCAACUGGACCCCUGGGGAUGACCCCAUAUGUCACGAUUUGGAAAUUCGAUACCUGUGCUCAUACCCUUAAAGCUGCGACACACAGGCUAGGGGACCUCUCUUUGUGCAUUCAAUGGGGCCAUUCAGAAUAAAAGAUUCGAGUAU